AUGUUUGGUUUGGCAAAAUAUUCAUCAAAUUCCCUUCCUGACACAACCCUACUCAUUUACCUGGGCUUGGGACUGACACUCAGAAAGAACUGUCUGAGGUAUUUGUUGCUCUGGAUUGCAUUCUUUAAAAAUGCUGUUAAUAGAUGUGUUUGUUUUUUCUUGUGUGUCCAGUCAGUACUUGCAAAACAGAAGUCUUUGUUAGAGCGAGUGGAUUCUCUUGAUGAAGAGUGUGAAGAUUUGCACAGGCAGCUGGGAGAGAAGGAGGAGAAAGAAGUGAACCUCAAAAAUCUGUUGCAACAGCUGUCAGAGGAUAAGGAACGGCUCCAAGAAGAGCUCACUCAGCAGCACGCUUUGUGUUGUGAGCUGCAAAAGGAGAAGCAGAUGGUGGAAACUCAUGUAGGGGAGCUGAAGAAAAGCAUGGCUGAGCUGAAGGAAACUCUCCAGGUUUUAAAGGAGAGGGAGAGGAUUUUGGUGGCUUUUCCAGAGCUCCACUCGCAGCCACGACCACAGACUACAGGAAAUGUACUUUUGGAUAUGGAGCAUCAGCUGCAGGCAAACCAUAUUCGAAUCAAUGUUCUGGAGCAGGAGAAUGCUAAGCUGCACAGCAGUGUGCUGAAGCUGAGAGAACGAGCACAACAUGCUGCCUCCAAUGAACCCUCGCAGCAGCAGACACAGUGUCUGUCUCUGUCUGCGAACCAACCGGAAAAACAGCGAACUCCAAUGCAGAGUCCAGUGCAGAGCGGCAUGGUGCCGCACUUCGACUCUCUGCGGUCAGACGGAUCAGAGGAUCGUCUCUCCACUGCUGCUUCCUCACCAUCCUCCCUGAAAGUUCACCUUCAGACCCUCCACCUGGACCCGGACCUCACCAAAGGCCGUACUAAAGUGCACAGGGGUGCACCUCUGCCUCGCUCCAGGGGCCUCAACCACAGGAGGAAAUGAGAUGGACGAACAACAAAAGAAUCAUCUGCUCAUCUUUCAGCUGGUAUGGACUUCCUCCAGGAGGCUCCCAAAGCUGAGGAACAUUUAUCAUUUCCAAAAUGUGUCAGAUGAAAAACUACUGUUUAUGUCUGGACAAUUUUCACUUUACAGAUAUAUGAAUUAAUUUCUGAUAUCAAAGUACACGGUUUUGUUUUAUGUGUUAUCUUGUAAUUUAGAAAAAAAUCAUAAAUUAUUAUUAUUAUUAUUAUUAUUACUAAAUUUUCCUUUGUUUUCUAUUUGAAAAUGAGGUCCUUAACCUAAAUUUGGGAGUUUCUUUAAUUAAACUGAAAUAAAGAAGUAGAUUUGGUGUUUAUCAGAAUGGAAUUUUGGACAUUUCAAAUUUGAUUUUGCAUUGACCCACUGAGGAGUGGGGGGGGGGUGGGAGUCCAUCCAGUACAACAUUAUAUA